GGAAUUGCCUGUCCGAACAUGCCUCAAUGACACGACGUGACGUCGUUGCCUACUUUGAAUGUAGAUCGUCCACCUCUCAACUAGGGAAUCGAAGCUCGCCCUACCGUCGCACAAUCGGGAUCAUCGAUGCCGAUGCGGAUGGAGAGGAGCCGACAUAGAAGAACAUUCGAAGGAUCACAGAAUAUCCUUGUCACCACUGGAACAUGGUCGGCGUCAUGAUCGCAUCGUUGAGGAAAGUGAUUUUGUAUUGUUAAUGGUGAUGGAAUUGUCAUUAAGAAGCCAUGACCCGGCGCAAAUUCCAAAUUUCGUCGACAUGACGAAGGAUGCCAACAGCAUCAGUGCCACGAACAUUAUUUGGCCGCUAUGGAAAGUUGGUGACGUUGAAGUUUCGAAGAUGAUGUAUAGCCGCACCCUAGCAUUUCCCGAAUCGAGACGUGCCACCACUGCGAGAGCCACACUGAUGAAGAGUCCCCUUCCACAUUCCGAGGCUCUCUUCAAACACAACCAGAAGCCUCACCAAAUCCCAACAUCUCAUUCGGAAGUCCAGCGGCCUCACCACAUCGCCCUCUACGCUACCACGGCGCUCGCAGAAGUUUCAAAGGCGAGAAGAUCGCCUCAGCCUCCAUGCCGCCCUUUACGCCUCCAGAGCACUGGCACUUCUUGACGCCAUGACACAACAUCAAGACUUUUUCCAUUCUCUUGCGGCCACCCCGGAUGAUGAAUGAUGAGGAUCAUAACGUGCAGAUCCAUGGGAAGCAACUACACCUCCGGUCAUAGGCAGCAGUAGGUAGCAGCAUGAUGUGAAGUACAGGCAGUAGUGGUGGCCGGAGUAGCAAAUGUAAACUCCUGUAUAGCGUGAGGCAGUGAUAAAGUCAAUUUGCUUAAUGGGACGAUGAUGAAGCUGGCAUUGUCAUGCGGGUACGCAAGCAAAUGAUGAUACACCGGUGAGGGAAAAGAAACCCCCUCCACUUAUUAUCGAUUUUUUGAUCAAGUACCUAGGUAGUGUAGAGAGGAAGGGUGGUGGUGGUGGAGGAGGAGGAGGAGGAUGAGACAGGGCUGCAGGAAUGAUCUGCACGAGCUGCAG